UCUGAGUUUCUGACGUUGCAGUGAAACAACUGUUGCACUUUUCUAGACAUUUUUUUACGACGGACGUAUUGGUAUUUUGCAUUAAAUUUACCGACACAUUUACUACUACAUAUUAACCAAAAGUCGAGAUAUCCGUUUAACAACCGAAUACUCAAACAUGGACGAAAUGAAACAACUGGCAGAGGCAUUAAUGCUGCAGUGUAAAUCAUACAAAGAGCGACAACAACGUCUGAGUGAAUCACUCGAUCGUCUGUCAUUCGACUAUCCUGAUCUAUACGCUGUAUUGUUUAGAGAGAUGAAAAAAAGAGAACUGGAUUCUAAUGAUCCAAAUAAAAUUACUAAAUGGUUAAAUAAUCCAUCGUCAAGACCAUUUGUAAAACUUCAUGAAGCAUUGAUAUUGGUAAAAAAUAACAACAUAAUGGCCAAAGAAGAGUAUAUGUACAAUUUAAAAUGUAUGCUAAGCCAAACAAUUGAAAACGGUACCAACAUUGAGAUAGCAGUGAAAAUAUGUCAUUUGAUUGAGAAAUCUCCAAACUUAAGCAUUAUUUACGAGAAUCUGAAACAUCUCAUUCACCAAGUAAAUCAUUUGAACAACAGUCAAAACCACAUGCCGAAAGAAACUUUGACAGCAAACUGUUGGCCAAAUUAUUUUAGACCCCCUUUGCAACCAUUUAAUGUCYGUCCUGCUCAACAACUGAAUAMCGCUGUUUGGCCAAACUUAUUGCAACCGACAAAUUUAAAAUCUGCUCCUGGUCUGCCACACUUUAAAAUGGAAUGUUUUGGAUACAACCAUCUGGAAAUGAUUGUUAAUACUAACAGGCUCACUACUUUGGGAGACCCGGAGUCACUAAACGACCUGACGAUUCUCAAUCAAGAAAUGGAUGGAGCAGUUGCUAAGUGGCUUCAUUACUUGAAAUUACAUAAAUACCAAUGGUUUUUUAACAGCCUCAGUUAUCUUGAAAUAGAAUUCAUCGACGAGGACAACAUUGAUGAUUUCAUUGCUAAAGUUAACAAAAAUUCCAUUACAAAAGGUGCACAAAAAAAGAUAUGUUUAUCAACAAAAACGUUGAGGGAUCGGUCACAAAAGUUGAACAACUUAUCAUUGGCUUUGGAUUUGGAAGUUACUCCAAAUGAACUGUGUGAAUUCAUGUCGUACAUGCGAGACAUAUUGCAUUAUCCCAUACCAAACAAGAAUUGUGUGGUUGGUGACCAACUUCAACAAGACAUAGUGCUCGUCAUGGAGAAACUUCUAAAUCAACUACUAGAAAAACUUGGUAAGAUUCGUUCUUUAGUCGCCCAGAGUCUACUCGGAAUGUCUAUCAAUAAAUACUUGGAAUGCACCUUACUCAUAAUCAGUAAUCAAACAUUCAUGAAACAGCAAAUUGAAAAAUCGUUGAUGUUUGCUGAAACUUUAAAAUAUAGAGUCCAUAGAAUUCCUAGAAACUUUAAYUAAUGUAUUCAUUAUUAUUCAAUUGAAACUGAAAUAUUACACAUGCAUUUCAUAGUUUUAUUAUUUUUGUUUGU